AUGCCAUCGAUGCUAUUAGCAUUAUUAUCUGUCAUAUAUUGAGUAAGAUAUAUGACAAGUAUUGCCUGAACCAGUGAAAGAUUAUUCGCAAAAAUUCCUGGUAUGCAGAAUUUAAUGAAUUCCCAACCAAAUUCUUUAAUCAAGACACUUCUGAAACUUGGAUGUGGCUUUUUGGAUUCUAUUUCCCACGCUUUUUCUAAGCGCAAAAGGGACUCAUCGAAUUUAAUUCGUUUUGGAACUUCAACUAAGUUUUGAGGUAAGGGCUUAUUUUUAUUUCAGAAAUAA